UAAACUGUUGCUGUGUAUGUCUUCUCCUUCGAUUCCUCAGAGUCUUUUGCUUCUGGAAUUGUACGCGCAACAUAAAAGAGAGAGAGAGACACAAUCAUUUCGCACGGGGGCGCAUUUUAGCACUCGGCUCUCCUAUGUUGCGCUCUGGUUCGAUUCGGGCGGAUUCCUUCCCUCGAUCGCAUUGUCGCUCCUCUCCGACCGGCGAAUUCUGAUCGGCGAGCCGGAGAAGUCGGUCCCGCCGCUUCCAUUCGGGCUUUCCUUUGCGGUUCCUCUGUGGCGGACUCCAGCGGAACCCUAGCGUUCGCCGUCGUCUCCACCCUUCGGUUGCUGGGGCGGCGGUUCGGUUCUUCUCCCGCCGAGUGAAGAUGCGAUGGAUUCUGCGGUUCGCCGCCCUCUUCUCAUUCGCGAUCGCGAUCGUCCUCCUCUCCCCUUCCUUCCAGUCCUCCCCUCCCGCUGAGGCCAUCCGCUCCUCCUCCCAUCUCAGCGACCGCUUCUCGUUCCGGCGAGCCUCCGCCUUCCGCAAUGCCGACGGGUGCCGCUCCGCCAACUCCGGCGAGAUCGGCAUCUGCGACCCGAGCCUCGUCCACGUGGCGAUUACGCUCGACGUCGAGUACCUCCGCGGCUCGGUCGCCGCCGUCCACUCCAUCCUGCAGAACGCCCGGUGCCCCGAGGACAUCUUCUUCCAUUUCCUGGUCUCCGACACGAGCCUCGAGGGCCUGGUUCGUUUCGCCUUCCCUCAGCUGAAGUUCAAGGUGUAUUACUUCGAUCCGGAGGUCGUGCGCAACCUGAUCUCGACAUCCGUGAGACAAGCGCUCGAGCAACCGCUCAAUUACGCCCGGAAUUACUUGGCGAACCUGCUGGAGCCGUGCCUCAGCCGAGUCAUCUACCUCGACUCUGACCUCGUCGUGGUGGACGACAUUCACAAGCUGUGGUCGACGAGCCUGGGUUCGAGGACGAUCGGCGCGCCGGAGUACUGCCACGCCAACUUGUCGAAGUACUUCACCGCGAGGUUCUGGUCGGACGGGCGAUUCUACGGUACAUUCGCCGGGAGGAGGCCGUGCUACUUCAACACGGGAGUAAUGGUGAUAGAUCUGGCUAGGUGGCGUCGGUUCGAGUACACCAAGCGGAUCGAGCGGUGGAUGGAGGUCCAGAAGAGCGAGCGGAUCUACGAGCUCGGGUCGUUGCCGCCGUUCCUGCUCGUGUUCGCAGGUCACGUGGCGCCGAUCGAGCACCGGUGGAACCAGCACGGGCUCGGCGGCGACAACGUGAUGGGGAGCUGCCGCGACCUCCAUGCCGGCCCGGUGAGCCUCCUGCACUGGUCCGGAAGCGGCAAGCCGUGGUUCAGGCUCGAUUCUAGACGGCCGUGCCCGCUGGACGCUCUCUGGGCACCCUAUGACUUGUAUGGUCACUCCCGUUGAAGGGCCAGAGAGCGAUUCUACAGAGGACAGGAAAUUCAAACUACUCGCCGUGUGUGUGGAAAGUGAAACCUGGCAAUCAGUGAUCUCUCUCUCUCUCUCUCUCUCUCUCACGCUACUGAUAAGAGGCAAUAUACAAUUUGUGUGAAACGUGUAGAGGAAGGAGGAGAAGAAAAGCAGCAGCAGCAGCAGCAGAAGAAGAACAAAUCAAACGAAAUGAUGGGGAUGGUGGUCGUGAGGUGGGGGGACCCAGAUCUCACUCUACUUUGUUCUGCCCCGGGAGCAUCCAAAGUAGUAAGUUUUGCACUAGCGUUGAUCCAAAUGAAGAUGUUAUUGAUGAUGGUCAGCGAGAGUCGGGGAAGGUGGGGACCGAUUCUCCGUGGUCCGUGGCACCACUCCAACACGUGGCCAGUUGCUCGCGCUGAUGCAAGAAGAGGAUGCGGAUCGACGACUUUGGGCGGACGCGAUCGGUCACCUCCAUCUCUAUCUGGCUCUCUCACACUGUUCCGUGUUUGGUUCGCGUUCUCCAUUUCUUUAUUAAUGGGGUUUUCUUCGGCUUCCUAACACUUCGUUUGGUUUGGCUCCUUCUGCGUGUCCCAUCUCUCUCUCUCUCUUUCGCUGUUCAGCUGCUAGGUGUGCUCUUUCUGGGCGAAACGCGAUUGUGAUAAUGAUUAGGACCUAGCAACCGACACUGACCCUUGUCGCUAACCCUUUUUCCUCGUUUGUUAAACCAAAUAUAAGGAGACAGGCCCGCUGUCGCCAGUUAUUCUAAUCAAUGUGCUCAUUGCUUUGUUAA